UUUCGGGAACCACGCCCCUUUUCCCCAUUCAACCACGCUUGCUAAGGGGCUGCAUUUACACCGCCCACUCCCGCACCUCUUUCCCACAUCGACUCUCCUUGCCCUCGAGUUUUCCGCCGGAUUGACUCACCGCCGCACCGCCUCAGUCGGAAUCCAUACACUCCCUCACUCAUACAAGGUUUUUGCGAGAUUGCAAAGAGUGGAUCUGGGAUAGAUCUGGGUUCAAGGAAUACUACAAGUUCAAUUUUCUGCAAGUUGAUCUAGCGAAUUCCAUCUUAUUCUGGGUGAUAUAAGGAUUUAAGAGAUGGAAUGAAGUCAAUACGGAUCAUACUAGCUCUACCAAGGCUAUAAAUAAGGGGGGUGGGGCGCCCACAAGACAGAACCACACACCACAAGCAAGAGUGCACAAAAGCAUACUGACCGCAGAGACCACAGUGUUGAGAUAGGAUGGCGUCGGAGAUGAGCAAGGACGUGAAGUUCUCCGACGAGGAAGUCACCUCGCACCCGCGCGUCGGCGAAGGUGAGGAGCAAACGGUUGGGCCGGCGCGGCAGUCUUCCAUCUUCGCGCUGACGCUGGACGAGCUGCAAAACUCGGUGUGUAACCCAGGGCGCAAUUUUGGGUCCAUGAACAUGGACGAGUUCAUGAGCAACAUCUGGAAUGCCGAGGAGUUCCUAGCGGCGACCGGCGGUUGCCUGGUGGGCAUGGAGGAGGUUCCUGUGGUGGGUGGUGGUGGAAGCGGCGGAGGUGGCGGAGAUGCAGGAGGAAGCACCCUAUGCCGGCAGGGGUCGUUCUCCCUGCCUCCCCCGCUGUGCCGCAAGACGGUGGAGGAGGUGUGGGCUGAGAUCAAUAGGGAGCCCCGCCCGGUGCAUGCCCAGCCUCAGGCCGCGCGACCCUCACCGCAGCCUCCUGUGCAGCCACCUGCGGGGAACGGCGGCGGUGCGGUUGCGGCCAACGGCCGGCAGGGGACGCUAGGCGAGAUGACGCUGGAGCAGUUCCUUGUCAAGGCCGGCGUGGUCCGAGGAUCUGUGGCCGGCGGCCAGGCGCCUAUGCCGGGCGGCAUGGUCCAUGGACAGAUGAACCCCAUGCAGCAGGGGCAGCAGCCUGGCCCAAUGAUGUACCAGAUGGCACCGGCCAACGGCAUGUUCCCGGUGAUGGGCGACGGCAUGGGGUUCGUCCCCAACGGUUAUGCAGGGAUGGCCGUGGUGCCGCCGCCACCACCUUCUCAAGGUGGGGUGGGUAUCGUGAGCCCCGGGUCGUCGGACGGGAGGAGCGCCAUGACGCAGGCUGACAUGGUGAACUGCAUGGCCGACGGCGCGAUGAUGGAGAACGGCGGCGCCCGUAAACGCGGCGCCCCGGGGGAUCAGUCCUGCGAGAGGAGCAUCGAGCGUCGCCACCGCCGCAUGAUCAAGAACCGCGAGUCAGCCGCACGAUCGCGUGCCAGGAAGCAGGCUUAUACCGUGGAGCUUGAAGCUGAACUGAACCAUCUCAAGGAGGAGAAUGCUCGUCUGAAAGCUGAGGAGAAGACGAUUCUGCUGACCAAGAAACAAAUGCUGGUGGAGAAGAUGAUGGAACAGUCCAAGGAGAACGUGAACGCCAAGAAAGGUGGCGCACUGUCGCGGCGCUGCGGCAGCUGCAGCUGGUGAAUGGCGACCUGCCAUUCAUCCUUCAUGGCGGCAGGUGGACGAGGGCUUGCAUUCUGGCCGUCUUAUGCGUUUGAUGUAUCUGAAGCAACAGUUGUGUGUUUAUAGUAGCUACCUUUUCAUUUCGGAGCGGUGUGGUAUAGUAAUUUACUAGCAGUACCUAAAACCCAUAAGCCCAAUUGUCAGUGUUUAUCUGGGCGAGCAAGUGAACUUGUGUUGCUGUUACUGUUUAUAGGUGAUGAUGGGUUUGUAAGGAACUUCAGAGAAAUGGGGCAAAAAGAAAAUUCGCAAUA